UUAUUAACAAACAAGGAUUUGGAUGGAAGAUUAAAAGGGUGUGAAAGUUGAAAUCAGCAGAGCUGCUGCCCAACAUAGUAAGACAAUGGAGAAUGUAUUAGACCCUUCCAAAGAUGACCUGCCUCUCAUGGCCAACACUAACCACAUACUUGUAAAGCACUAUGUGUUGGAUUUGGAUGUGGAUUUUGAAAGCCAUGUCAUUGAAGGUGCCAUCAUCAUCUUCCUUGAGCCUGGAAGUGGAUGCAAGAAACUGAGUGGUGCUGAUGGAGGAGCUGGCCAGUUGGAGUCAAAUCAGUCCAACAAAGUUGAGACGUCUCAGCCUUACCACAUUCCAGGUGGAUUUUCAUCCGAAAUGGGAUCUCAAGAUUUUGCUGACUGUGAUAAAAGUGAAAAGAACGCUUCUGAUAGAAAUGGUAACCAUAGCAACAGAGAACAAACUUACGGGAUUUCUAGUUCAAAGAACUUCUGUGACCCAGGGAAUCUUGGAAGUGAGGAUUUUUUGCUUAUACUGGACUGCUGUGAUUUAACUGUGUUAAAGGUCGAGGAGGUAGAUGUUGCUGCUGUGCCAGGUAUUGAAAGAUUUACAAAGUCUACCAAGCAAGCUGAUGUUUCUAAGGAGCUUAAAAAUCAGAUUGUGCAUGAACUUGUAACUCUCCCUGCAGAUCAUUGGAGGGAACAGUUAUAUUAUUAUGCUUGUUGCAGCCAAGCUCCUGGCUGUGGAGAACUUCUGUUCACCUCUAGCACCUGGAGCUUAGAAAUCAGGAAAAUGGGGGUUACGACAGCCACUGACUUUCCUCACAUCCUAAGAAUAUGGUACAAAACAAAGCCUGAGGGGAGAUCUGUUACAUGGACCACAGACCAGAGUGGCAGGCCAUGUGUUUAUACUAUGGGAUCCCCAAUAAACAACAGAGCCCUUUUUCCAUGCCAGGAGCCACCAGUUGCCAUGUCAACAUGGCAGGCUACAGUCCGAGCAGCUGCAUCUUUUGUUGUUUUAAUGAGUGGGGAAAAUUCUGCCAAGCCAACACAGCUUCAGGAAGGGUAUUUGAGCUGGAAUUAUUAUGUGACCAUGCCAAUGCCAGCAUCUACCUUCACAAUUGCAGUUGGAUCCUGGAAAGAAGCGAAGCUGGAGCCCUGUUCACUGAAUGAACCAUCAACUGUGACAUCUUUUUCAUCUUCUGAGGCAGACUCUAGGUGUCCCAGUUGGGCGUGUGGCCACAUGGAAUACCCCUGCCACUUCCAGAAUCCUGGUGUUGCUUCUCAAGCAAUUAUUCCUUAUCGGGUAUUUGCACCAGAAUGUCUCCAACACUUCUGUGAAGAGAUCCUGCUUCAGCUUAUUCCUCGAUGCCUCUCAGCAGCACAUGCAACCCUGGGAACUCACCCUUUCUCUAGGCUUGAUGUGCUAAUUGUCCCUGCCAAUUUUGCAAGUCUGGGGAUGGCCAGCCCACACAUCAUCUUCCUGUCUCAGAGUGUCUUACCUGGAGGGAGCCAUCUCUGUGGAACACGCCUUUGCCAUGAAAUUGCUCAUGCCUGGUUUGGUUUAGCAAUUGGGGCUCGAGAUUGGACUGAAGAAUGGUUAAGUGAAGGGUUUGCCACUCAUUUGGAAGACGUAUUUUGGACUGAAGCCCAAAAGCUAUCAUAUGAUGAAGCUAAGGAGCAGCAAGAGUUGAAGGCUUUGCUCAGAUGGCGCAGACUUCGAGAUGAAGUACAGAACUCCUCAGAAGAGAUGCAAGUGUUAAGGCCCAAUAGAGAUGAAACGGGACAAGUGAGUGAAUCAGGAGCUUCAAUUGUCAAAUAUGGACUUAAUCCAGAAAAGAUCUUCAUGCAAGUCCAUUAUUUGAAGGGCUAUUUUCUUCUGCGGUUUCUAGCCAGUAGGCUUGGAGAAGAAACAUUUUUCUCAUUUUUAAGAAAAUUUGUACACAAAUUCCAUGGGCAAUUGAUUCUUUCUCAGGAUUUUCUUCAUAUGCUACUAGAGGAUGUCUCAGAAGAAAAACGGCUUGGCUUGUCUGUAGAAGAUAUUUUUCAAACCUGGCUCGAUACUUCUGGAAUACCAAAGCCAUUGCAAGGAGAAACUCAGACUUGGGCGGAGAGUCGGCUUGUUCAGCAAGUAAAUGAUGAGGUCACAAAAUGGAUCCGAGUUAAUCUGAGAGCCAGGAAACGAAGAAGGAGGGAGAAUGAAGAAGUUUUUGAAAAGCUUCUUCCAGACCAGCUGGUCUUACUUCUGGAGUCUCUGCUAGAGGAGAAGACAUUGUGUCCCAGAAUUCUGCAGAGUCUAGAGAAAACGUAUCACCUCCGGGAGCAGGAUGCAGAGGUUCGACAUCGUUGGUGUGAACUUGUUAUUAAACACAAAUACACUAAAGCAUAUGAAGAUGUUGAAAGAUUUCUUCUGGAGGAUCAGGCUAUGGGUGUGUAUCUCUAUGGUGAAUUGAUGGUGAGUGAGAAUGCAAAGCAACAACAACUCGCUCACAAGUGCUUUGAGAUGACCAAGGAAGACAUGGACAGAUCAUCAGCCAAGGUGGUAGCAGAAAUGUUAUUUUAAAGAGGAAAGAUCACAGAGAGAUUCUUUUAAUAUAUCUACUCCUAAACUCUGGUGGUACUAGGAUUUCAUUGACCCUGGACAUCAAAGGAAGGAUUAUAUGACUGCUAAAACAAUCAGCUGACAAGAAACAUUUAUUUCUUUUUUGCUUAUCUCUUCCAUAGGCUUCUUUCAACUGAACAUAUAGGAAAAGAAACUCCACACACAAGUUUACAUAUAUGCUCCCACACAGGAUCUCAUUGUGAGAGCUCCAGCUUAUUCCACACAACAUGUCCAGAAUUUUUUAUGUGCGAUUCAGAUCUGCCAUGACAAUCUCUAUGCAGACAUGCAAGCAUCUGGUAAAACCUGCUGAAAAGAGCUGGUUCCUUCAACAUGUGGGACUGAAUAGAUAGAAUUCAAAAUUUCCAGAAAGAAAGCACAUGGUUUCUAUCUAGGGGGGCCAGCCAGUGGCCAGAUGUAUUUGGCGCUGUUCUUCUAAGCCAUUUCAGCCAAUCAUGUCCAAUUUGUUUUCUGUGGAUAUCCAUGUUUGGAAUUUUGUUCUGAAUUUUUCCAGGAAUUUUUAAAAGGGCUACUCAGAGAUACAGAAUAAGUUUAAUGUUCUCCAAAUAAAAUACAACUUACAAAAAACUAAAAAUGUUUCACUCUUAAGAGGUUUCUUUACAAACAUUUAAUUACCUGAAUUUUAGGAAAUUUUUGAUGUUCUUAGAGAACUUUCAAAUGAAAAAAACUUAGUGGAUUAUUUAAUAUAACUUAUAUUGAAAAGGAAACAGUUUCUUCUAAUUUGAUAAGGACUCCAAUCGGGUAACAGCACACGUGGAUUUAUUUCUUCAUUUCUGUGGGAAGAGAUAAAGACAUGAUUUUAGACCUUAAUGCAGAAGGAUCACUUUCCUUCUCUUGCCUAAGGAGAGAUAAGCCGACCACACUUGACUUGGGACUGUUGGACAGACUAUUGGUGCUUUGAAUAUGCCACGGGAUCUCAGGAAUCACCAGCUUGUGAUGACUACAUCAGAAUCCAGCUCUCUCUUGAGCCCCAGAGCAGGAAUGGAAAGCUGAACCUUCAAAGGAAAAAAAGUUUUUGUUUUAAGAGGCUAGGAUUUGCCAGGGGCCCUUUACUUUCAGUCUUAUUAUCCAGUUAUAUAUAAAUAUACUUUAUAUUUUAGAAGCCCUUUGUGGGUGAAGUAUCAGGUCUCAACUAAUUUGUCCCUAAUACUCAAAAGAAGAUUUUCCUCCAAAGAUUUGCCUUGUUGAGUUUAUAAAUAACUACCUGUGUUUACCAUAUUCAAAUCUCUUUAAUAAUCUUAUGUAUCACAAUGGUAGGGAAAAUGGGAAAUUUUGGUAUAUUGUUGGUUUAUUUUUUUUUUAAAUAAAACAAACCUAUUUUUCUAAGA